AACACACACAAAUACAAAUGAUGGUUAAGUGACUGUUCCAAAAUACAGAAUUACUUUGAAGUUACAAGCUUUGCUCCACGGAUUUCUCUUAGCUUUCAAGACCAAAAUUCAAACGUAUAAACACACUCAAACAUACGAUAAAAAAAAAUGCACUGGUUGAUGUUCCAUAUUCCAUUUCAAAGAAGACAGACUUUGCUUGUGAUCCCUGUCCAUGGUGCUGAAAUUGUUUUGGUUUUCAUUAAUUAACCUAGAAACCAUGGUUCUGUUACUUGGUUAGUUUUUUUUUUCCAUCAACAGUCAACGAAAUUAGAGAACGAGAAUGGUAUGAAGUUUCUGGUAUUUCUUUUGAGCUGUGCAAAUAGUAUGUGUUUGUCUUUGAGGAUCCUAUCUGUCCAUUUGUAUUUUGCGGCAUAAUAUUUACUGUUAAAGUGAGCACAUGUAAUCUAUUACUUUAUUCUUUUAAUGGCCCCUGGGUGUCACUGUAACACUGGGAAACGAUAGCAGUUUCCCUCCCCUUGUUCCUCCCCUCAAAAAUCUUUUGUUUGCCAUCCAGAGCAGCGCAGACGUUUGAAUCAAGCAAACGCUGGUGGAUGUAUGUUGUGUAUUUUGUAACUGUGCAAUACUCAACGCGUUGGAGACAUUUUUUUUGCCGCUGUUGCAGCCUUUCUUGUAUUUUAUCUAAGUUGUAAUAUAAUGAUGGGGACCUAUAGACAAAGUCGAACGAGAGAAUACAAUUUGUUUGUGUUUCAUGUGGCGUUACUGCUUUUAUUCGGGAAAACGGCUUUCGCUCAGAUAAGGUACUCGAUUCCAGAGGAGGUGAAUGAUGGAACUAUUGUUGGAAAUGUUGCGAAGGAUCUUGGCCUUGACAUCACCUCGUUAACUGAACGACGGUUCCGUGUUGUAUCUGGAUUUAAAGAGACAUUUUUUGAGGUAAAUCAGGACAAUGGAGCCCUGUAUGUCCAUAAGAAAAUCGACAGAGAAGAGCUCUGUCACGGCAGUGGUGCCUGCCUAAUGGAGCUAAAAAUCAUAGUCGAAAAUCCUUUAGAAAUGCACUACGUAGUUGUAGAAAUUACUGAUGUAAAUGAUCACCCCCCGAGUUUUCCUGAAAAAGACCAGACAUUUGAAAUAUUUGAACAAACACUACCAGGGAGACGAUUACAGCUGCACACUGCUCGUGACCCCGAUGCUGGAAUAAACUCUAUUCGUACAUACACUGUAACGUCAAACGAUUACUUUGAAAUAGAUAUCCGUCAAAGCGACGAGGAUAAAAUACCAUUUUUAGUGUUGAAGAAGUCACUAGACAGAGAAAAAAUAAGCAAACACUUGCUCUUCGUAACAGCAAUUGAUGGAGGUAAACCUCCGAGAUCAGGCACACUAAAUGUUUCUAUUAUUGUUCUUGAUAGUAAUGACAAUCGUCCUCUAUUUAUUAAGGAGAUUUACCAAAUUGAGAUACAAGAAAAUGUUCCAGUCGGUACAUCAGUAUUUCAAAUAAAUGCAACGGAUCCCGAUGAAGGCACCAACGGGGAAAUUGAAUACAUCCUCGGAAAAACUCUCAAGAAAAAAGUCUACGACAUUUUUGAAUUGGACAAAAUAACGGGAGAGAUUAGAGUGAAAGGACUAAUGGACCAUGAAGAAAACGACGUUUAUAAACUUGAUAUUGAGGCAUCCGAUAAAGGAACGCCUCCACUGACAGGUGAGUGUAGGGUCAUUAUAAAGGUAAUAGACGUCAACGAUAAUCCACCGGAAAUAGAAGUCACAUCAUUGUCAAAUACAGUGUCUGAAGAUUCAAAGCCCGGUACAGCUAUUUCGCUUCUUAGUGUGCGGGAUAAAGACUCCAAUGGAAAUGGAAAAAUUAUUCUAAGCAUAACUUCAGAAGCACCUUUUGAAUUAAAACCCUCCUAUAAGGAAAACAUAUAUUCGGUUGUCACUACGGGAUUUUUGGAUCGAGAAGAGGUGUCACAUUAUGAUGUAACAAUAAAAGCCACUGAUUGUGGUGAGCCCCCCUUAUCUACUUCUAAAACCCUCAACAUUCAAAUAUCAGAUGUAAAUGACAAUAGUCCACAAUUCUCCCAAAAUCCAUUACAGUUUUACCUGUCAGAAAAUAACGUUGCUGGAAAAUCGAUAUUCUCUGUAAGUGCAAAGGAUAAAGAUGUGGACGACAAUGCUGCUAUUUCUUACCAUGCUGUUGGGGGAGGGCGUCAAAAUGACAUAAUAUCUUUUCUCAAUAUAAAUCCUAGUAACGGACACAUCACCGCGCUAAAAAGUUUUGACUUUGAAACACUGAAAACGUUCCAGUUCCAAGUUGUUGCAUCAGAUUCUGGAACUCCCUCACUAAGCAGCAACGUCACAGUGAACGUGUUCAUUCUGGAUCAGAACGACAACGCUCCAGUCAUCCUGUAUCCAGUCAGCUCUAACGGUUCUGCUGAAGGUGUGGAGGAGAUUCCCCGCAAUGUGAACGCAGGACACUUGGUGACUAAAAUCAGAGCCUAUGACGCUGAUAUAGGAUAUAACGGCUGGUUACUGUUUUCACUGCAGGAAGUUACUGACCACAGUCUAUUUGGUUUGGACCGCUAUACAGGACAGAUCAGAACACUUCGCUCAUUCACAGAGACAGAUGAGGCUGAGCAUAAACUGGUCAUACUGGUGAAAGACAACGGGAACGUUUCACUCUCAGCAACAGCUACUGUGAUCGUCAAAGUUGUGGAGCCAAAAGAGGCUUUUGCAGCUUCUGAUGUUAAAAGUGCAGCAAAAGAUGUCGAGGAUAAUAAUGUGACUUUUUACCUGAUGAUAACUUUGGGCUCAGUUUCAGCACUUUUUCUCAUCAGUAUCAUUGUGCUGAUUGCAAUGCAGUGCUCAAAAUCCACAGACUAUACUUCCAAAUAUCUACAGGAGGCUAAUUAUGAUGGAACACUGUGUCACAGUAUCCAGUACAGAUCUGGAGACAAACGGUACAUGUUAGUCGGACCCAGAAUGAGCAUAGGGUCUACUAUAGUCCCGGGUAGCCAUGCGAAUACACUAGUACUUCCUGAUAGGAGGAAGCCAUCUGAGGAGGUAAGACCAUGUUUCGAUUUCAAUUUCAAAUUCAAUAUUUUUCAUGCACCGUAGAGAAUUCACUGCGGUUUACAUUAAGAUAAUUUUCUCCCCAGAGAUGACAGAAACAUAACAAAUGAUGUUUACAACAUAAAAGUUUAGGUGUUCUUGGUUUGUUUAUUCUCCAAAACGUUUCAUGCCCUUUUCAUUUAAGUUUUAUCCA